UGUUGCUGUCAUAAGGCGACACCCCUCCACACGCGCGCGCAGUGGAAUGUUCCGCCGGGCUCUCAGCUCUGUUGUUGUGCAGAGCCGCAGAAGGCCUGACACGGGCGGCGAGAUCCGGAAAGCACCCUUAGUCCCGGACGGACAGUCUGCUUUUCGUCGGCUUGGUGGACCAGGGGAGGGAGAAUGAGAAGGAACGAGGUGAGGUGAAAGGGGGUAAGGAAGGAAAGGAAAGGAAGGGGAGGAAGGAAGGAAGGUGCUCCUGCCAUCAUCUUCAACGCAGUGCUGGUUUUUGUCCUCCAUCCUCCUCGGAGAACGAGGACAGCAGAGGAGGAGGCGGAGGGGACGGGGGGAGACGGUAACCCUCUCCUCUCCUUUCACUCAGACCCACAUCAGCAAGAUCCAAACACCCGGAGGAAAAAAAAAAACAAAAAAACAAGCGCUUCCUCUGUUCGCUUCUGGUCUCUUCGACCAGCGAGCGGCUAACACGCUCCGCUCAUGUCAGUGAACUCGGAGAAAUCCUCGUCCCCGGAAAGGCCUGAGACGCAGCAGAAAGCCUCGGCGAGUGUCCCUUCUCCCCCGCCGCCCCCUCCGCCUCCCCCUGAGCCUGCGGGGCCCCCGGAGCCGGAGGAGGAGAUCCUGGGCUCCGACGAUGAGGAGCAGGAGGACCCGGCGGACUACUGCAAAGGAGGCUACCAUCCGGUCAAGAUCGGAGAUCUGUUCAACGGGAGGUACCAUGUGAUAAGGAAGCUGGGGUGGGGCCAUUUCUCCACCGUCUGGCUGUGCUGGGACAUCCAAGUAAAGAACUUUGUGGCUAUGAAGGUGGUGAAGAGCGCCCAGCAUUACACUGAGACGGCCUUGGAUGAGAUCAAGUUGCUGCGAUGUGUGAGGGAGAGCGACCCCUCCGACCCCAACAAGGACAUGGUGGUCCAGUUGAUAGAUGACUUCAAGAUCUCUGGCGUCAACGGCAUUCAUGUGUGCAUGGUGUUCGAGGUGCUGGGUCACCACCUGCUCAAGUGGAUCAUCAAGUCCAACUACCAAGGCCUGCCGCUGCCGUGCGUCAAGAGCAUCAUCAAACAGGUCUUGCAAGGGCUGGACUACCUGCACACCAAAUGUAAAAUCAUCCACACGGACAUCAAGCCCGAGAACAUCCUGAUGUGCGUGGACGACACGUUUGUGAGGCGCAUGGCCAUGGAAGCCACCGAGUGGCAGAAAGCCGGAGCUCCGCCCCCUUCCGGGUCAGCGGUUAGCACAGCCCCCCAGCUCAAACCGGUGAGUACGACUGAUGUGGGCAAGAUCUCCAAGAACAAGAAGAAGAAGCUGAAAAAGAAACAGAAGCGUCAAGCCGAGCUGCUGGAGAAGAGGAUGCUGGAGAUCGAAGCCCUGGAGAGGGAAGCCGAGAAGAGGGGGGAGCGAGCCAACGAGGAGGGCGACGAGGAAGAGGAAGAGGAGGAGGAGGAAGGGACGAACGAAGAGGAGCGGCCGAAAAUUGAGCGACCGUCCACGCCCCGUCAACCGACGCCGCCGGGCCCCGGCAUGGCCCUCGGAGAGAGCGAUGACGACGACGAUGAGGACGGGGAAGAGGAGGAGGAGGAAAGUAGUGAGAGGCCCACCAGGUUGACCAAUCAUACAUGCGCAGCACACAACGAAGAGCCCGGUGAGGAGGAGGAGGAGGAGGAAGAGGAGGGAGAGGGACCCCGCAUCAACGAUGAUGACCGUGACGAAGAUGCAGAAGAGGAGCCCACGCCCGUGGCCGAGAAAGACGCUCCCAUCCCUCCCGGUAAUGACGAUUUUAUCCAGAAGGAGAAAGAGGAAGAGGAGCCGCCCAAAGGGCUGGAGAUGAAGAAGGAGGUAGAGAGAGUCGACCAGGAGGAGAAAGAAAAUGAGCUAGAGGAGACGGAGAAGACAGACGAAGCCAAGGAAGAGGAGGAGGAGGAGGACGACGAUGAGGACGACACCACCGCCGAGCUCCUCACAGACACGAGCUCGCCCGUCAAGACGCCCACCAACCAAACCCACGCGGCCAAAACCAACGGCCACAUCCCGCCGCCGGCCUCGGAGGGGCCGGGCGCCCGGCUGCCCACCGCGCCCGAGCCGCUCCUCUGCCCCUUGGUGGAGUCCGAGCUCAGCUACACCGACAGGGACCUGUCGCUCAGCUCCGGCUACGAGAUGUUCAACGGCGAGGCGGGCGAGCCGGGGCUCACCAACGGCGAGGGCCAGCGCCCCAGGGCCGCCGUGGCGCUCUUUCCCGAGUUGCCUCUGGACCCGGAGCCCGCCAGUCCCGUGUGCGGGGGCACGGGCGACACCGGAGCGGGCAAGCUGCCCGGCAGCCCCGCAGCGGACCGCAGCCGCACCGUCUCAUCGUCCAGCACGGGAGAAACGCCCAAAGCUCGAGCCCGAGCCGCGGACCUCCUGAUAAACCCCCUUGACCCCCGCAACGCCGAAUCCAUCCGAGUGAAAAUAGCUGACCUCGGAAAUGCCUGCUGGGUGCACAAGCACUUUACCGAGGACAUCCAGACCCGACAGUACCGCUCCAUCGAAGUGCUGAUAGGAGCCGGUUACAGCACUCCCGCCGAUAUCUGGAGCACCGCCUGCAUGGCGUUUGAACUAGCAACAGGGGACUACUUGUUUGAGCCCCAUUCGGGCGAGGACUACUCGAGGGAUGAGGACCACAUCGCUCUGAUCUCGGAGCUCCUCGGGAAGGUCCCGCGCAAAGUGUACGCUGCCGGGAAGCACAGCAGAGAGUUUUUCUCCAAAAAAGGCGAACUCCGGCACAUCACCAAGCUGAAGCCGUGGUCUCUUUACGACGUACUGGUGGAGAAGUACGGCUGGGCGCACGAGGACGCCGCCUACUUCACCCAAUUCCUGCUGCCCAUGCUGGAAAUGGUGCCGGAGAAGCGGGCGUCAGCAGGCGAAUGCCUCAACCAUGCGUGGCUUAACUCGUAGCCAUGCACGCAACCCCCCCUCCCCCUCCCUCCCCCCCUUGAUGGUACCACGGCUACUGAUUUGAAAGACGCACCCCAGCGAGCCCCUCCACAAAGUCCUUUACGGAAUGUAAAGACGAGUGUACGGAUAAAGAAAAAAAAAAACUUGUGGUUGUCUUCCGAUGAGAGAACUUGUGGAAAUGGACCUUAUUUUGGACAAAUACUGCCCAGAGCUGCUCCUGCCAUGACCUUUGAACCCUUCAGUCGCAACGGGGACCUUCACUGGACGCUCUCGGCGGGGCCCCGCAUAGUUUCCUCUAAGAGCUGAGUGGUCGCCAAACCUCUAGGGGGCGUCACUGCAAAAUAGAGUGAGGAAUAACUAAAAAAGAAUACAAACAACCAUGCAUGGUGAAUGGAUGCAAGUAAUGGCGGUACGAUUUUUGCUGAUUAUUCCCAAAUUGGAUGAAAAGGAAGGCGGGUGUGCUCUCUGGGAAUGGUCAAGUGUUGCUGUGACCCCCUCCCCUCUUUACCCCAAUGACAAAAUGGACGUACGCAGCGGAGGUUGCACUUGUUGUCCUUCAGGAAUCUGAACAUUUUGUACAUUUAAAAAAAAAAAAAGCAAACGAGACAUGGGAACACAUACACACAAAUGCAUACACACACAUUCCAAAUGAAAAAAAACAGGCUGUGACACCCCCCCUUCCUGCAAUCACACACAGACACACACACGUACACACACGCGUGCGUCUCUCCCUUAAUCAUUCAUCACAACUAGUCCAGUUGCCUAUUUUUUUGCAAUAAAAAAAUAUAUAAGUAAAUUGUGAGAUAUUUUUCAAAAAAAAAUAAUUCAUUAAAAAAAAAACAAAGAUAUAAAUCCGCUUUUCUCUGGUUGUCGUAACCGUGAAAAAAAAUUGUAUUCUGAGGUGAUUGUGUUUGUCUAUUAGAGAUUCUUUGCUGUUAAUUAAUAUAACUAUUCUGAGUUUUUUUAACACCUCUCCCUCAUUAGCUGAUCAGCGCUGCUCUGUCUGGGCUCUUUAUGGUGAUUUAACACACACAAACACACACACCCACACAAUUAAGUUUUUGCAAUAAAGGUAUGUCAUUUUAUUUUUAUUGUCCCAAAAACCUCCUCAUUUCAUCCACUUUCUCAGCCAUGCUGACUGUUCUUCCCGAUGACGUCUGUUGUCUGUGUUUUUCAUUGACGGAUUUAAUAAAACGCUAAACGAA